AUGGAAAUCCCAACUCCACCACCACCCACAACCAUCGUCGCCGCCGCGGCCACAGUUAAAACACCUGAUCCAGAUUCAGAGACACCGCAAUCGAACAACUUCGCUAAACAGCUCACACCACCGUUAAUCAACGGUGUCCUCAAACGACACAAGCCCUUCCACCACCUUCAACCACCACCAGUGGUGGUCACUUACAAAGAAUGUCUCAAGAACCACGCCGCUGCCAUGGGUGGCCACGCCAUAGAUGGAUGUGGGGAGUUUAUGCCGUCUCCGACGUCCUCCCCAUCUUACCCUACCUCGCUAAAAUGCGCCGCUUGUGGCUGCCACCGGAAUUUCCACCGCCGUGAACCAGACGAGUCGCUUUUCCCAUCACCAAAUAACCCACCCAUCCAACAUGUCAUCGAGUACCAACCCCAUCACCGCCACCACCCUCCACCUCCACAACCCAUACCACCUCCAGCUGGCGGAGCUAAUAGCAGCAGUCCCGGAAAUUCCCCAUCUCCACCACCGAUCUCAUCGUCUUACUACCCAUCAGCACCCCACAUGCUCCUCGCACUCAGUGCCGGUUUAACAGCUCCGCCGGCCGAAAACAACCACGGUAACCACAAUCCGUCGAUCCCCACCACGCCCGGCUCCGCCGUCGCCUCUGGUUCAAACCCAAAUGGGAAAAAACGAUUCAGAACAAAAUUCACUCAAGAUCAGAAGGAAAAGAUGCAUGAAAUCGCGGAAAGAGUUGGGUGGAAGAUGCAGAAACGCGAUGAAGAACUCAUUAACGGAUUCUGCAACCAAAUUGGUGUCGAUAGAAGCGUUUUCAAGAAACAACCCACCACCAUGACACCGGAAACAACCACCACCUUGAUACCGGAAACAACCACCACCUUGACUCCGGAAACAACCGUCACGACAUCGACCACCACCUCCAUCUUCAUAACAAUGGUAGUUUUAGCACCGGUGGAAAUGUGA